UGCAAUAAAACGCACUGUACACUUACUUUAAAGACGAUAGUUUAUAUAAUUUGUACUCUUCGGUCAAACGGAAAGUAUUUUAGGCAUUUGAAAUAGAAAAUAAAUGGUAGGCACUUGAUGAACCAUUAGCAGCAGCUACAGACAAUUUAUACAAAUACUUCUCACCUACGAUCCGUGUUUUGUUUAAAAUUACGUUUAGAGAUGCAACAUUCGCCAAAAGCUAAAAGGUCCCAAGCUGUUCCGCAUCCAAAACAUGACGAUAAACAUUCAAAAGACCCACCGCCGUCUCUUGGCGCGGACGCCGUGACAGCACGAGCAACAGACAAACUGACAGACGAGGUCAUAAAGGGUCAUCACCAAGGCGACAAACUUGUAAACACGAAGUUUGCAGAAGACGGCAUGGAGGAAGAAGAGUCGGCACCUGCAAAGAUCCUGUCCUUUGGUACCACCCAGGAAAAGAAGAUUUUCCCUAUUUUCAGUUCCCCUGACUUUAUGGGAAAUAAACAGCCUCCCAUAAGGGGUAAACCAGAGGUCGGGCCUGGCACCUACAAUAAUGCUAUUAUCACUUCAUUUAUUCAUGAGCUACAGAAGAGACCAGAGAGCAAGAAGGGCUACGUCAUUGGAGCUCGAACUGCAAACCGCUUUCCACACACUAUCCAGACAACAACUGUGUCUCCAGUGGAUUACCAGGGUGAUCUACUUCGAGAGCGCACCUUCACACCAGCUUUUGCUCCUUUCAACAUCAAAUCCCGACGAUUCAGCAUAUCGGACCAGAGAAAGUACUGCAAUCCAGGCCCUGGGGCGUAUGAGCAUGAUGUCUCUCGUACCCGGAAAGUAUCCUGGCCUAUGAGGUUUGGGUCCCCUGAUUGGAUGCAAAUUCCAACUCUAGAGCAGAGGACUCUGAAACCUGAGUUUAUAUCUGAUACCCAAUUCAGAAAACACCGGAAUCGGAUUGCCUACCUCAGUCUAUACUACAGCUAGCUAAAUACCAGGGAACAGUAACUCCCUGCUGUGUGCCUAUUCUGAAUAGAAAGCACCUCUACCUCAGAGCCUACACCUUUUGAAAAGAACAUCUACACAUUAUUUGUCUUUGAAAACAUAUCCCUUUCACUAAUUAUGCAAUGGUAGUGUCUGUUUGACAAUGAACUGACUUUGAUUGAUCAUGAAUAUUCAUCUCCUAACACCUUAUUGUCACACCAUGUGCCAUUUUUUUUCCCUUUUCGAAGACCAAUUAAUAAUCUUUGUUUACAUCAACUCUAUGAUGUCUGUUCCUGCUGCUCAAGACAUUAAGUCUUCACACUCUUCAGAACGGACUCUUGUCAUUAUCUCUUACACUUCAGGUGAGAAGGAUUGCUUAUCCUGUCUUUUUAAUUAAUGUGUGCACUAAUUAAAGUCAAGUACAUCUAGCUCAAAUCAAACACUUUAAACGUCCUCCUAAACAAGUGGAUAUGUGAUGGAAAUAACAAAAUUAAUCCAUAGCUUUAAUAUUCUCCUCCAUAAUGGCUACCUUUAAUGCUGAUUUAUACUGCCAUAGCCUAAAUAGCCUGUGCUGUAGGCAGCCUGACGUACACCUCCUUAAAAAUGUGACUAAGUUUCAUGUCGAUGUGGACAAUAUGCAAACCCUGCUGACUCUGAUUGGCCAGUUUGGUAACUAUGUGUUUACUGAAACACUGAAGUAAACCUGGAGCAGGUCGAGAAAAGGCUUGACAAAGAAGUUAUAAAAUAUGCAUGUUUAUAUGAUACCUCAUCACAACACUAAAUACACAAUCUGAUGGCAGCCAAUUUGUGGUGUGAAGUAUCAGCUACUAUCUAUUUGGAAGUUGGCAAAUGUAUGACAAAGUGGAAAAAUAUGUGGAACAAAAUGUGCAACAAGAAGAGGGAUGAUCCUGGAAGGCAUAAACUACCUGCAUUUUAUUGGAUCAUUCACUUUUCUUGCAUUCUGCAAACACCACCGACUUGUGUUUAGGCACGUGCCUGCAGUGCGGCGUGACACAGAAGAAAAAACUGGUUUUGACAGUGUAGGCUUGAUGCAGGAGUAUAAAUCAGCUUGUAUACCUAUACCUCAAAAAAGCUAUUUUUAAGGUGUUAUCUUGCCAAGGUCUGUUUUGGUAGAAUCUGUCACAGUCUUACCUAUCACAUAACUGGCAGUGUACCCAAACCUCACUAUCUGAGGCUUUUUUAGGCUGACUUACAUGACGCAUGCAGCCUACAAAAAUGGGCACCCAGUAUUUCUGUUUUCAGCAAGGUUCACUUGAAUCUGUUUAUAACCAUCAUGAGAGGCUCUUUUAUCAUUAUUAUUUUUCUGUUUUGGUCUUCAUACUGGAUAGCGGUGUCAAAGUGAGAGCUUAGUCCCUUGAAGUUAUUGGUCAGUCUAUGUCUCCCUUCCCACACAAAUGUUCGAGGUAAAGGUUGCAGUUCAUCAGCUCAUAUGCUAAUUUUUUGGACAUCAACCUUUAGAAAUUAAAUUGCUAUCCCAGUGAUUGUGCUUCAUCUUGUAUGUAAGUGACAUUUGUUUAGAAU